AUGAAGAGCAGGAAGCCAAGGCUUGGCAAAGCUGGGACCAGCAAGAGGAAAGUUUCCAGCGACAUUUCUCCGUCAACCAGUCUCCCACCGUUGGUGGAGGGCCAGCUCAGAUGCUUCCUGCGUGUGACAGUGAGCCGGGUGUUAUGGACAGUUCACAAUCCUCCUGCAAACACAUUUGUCAGGCUGCGCUGGUGGGGCGAGACCUCCAAUGGGACCCACUUUUUUCCCAGAGAUGGAUCACAAGCUGAACAGAAAACACUGAAGACAACGACACGAUUCCCCAUCCGCUGUGGACCAAAACAGUUCACGUCAUACCUAUCAGAUAUGGGUUGCAUUGUGCUUGAAGUGCUCACAAAAUCUGACCAUUUACCAAUUGCACGAGCUCAAGUGGCUGGCAUCCCUCGUCUUUCUCUAUCGCACUCUAUUAGUGGAUUCUACACUCUGGUUUCUCCCACAUCUGAGAAAAUGGGGGAGUUGCAGGUUUCACUUUGCUUGGAGCCUUUGACUGAAGCUUAUGACAGCAGCAGUUCAUGUCCUCCCACAGACAUCAGCAUUGAUAAAGCACCACAGGAAAUAAAUUCUUCUGAACCCAAGGACUCUGCUGGCAGUGGAAAGGAGUCUGCUGAAAAGACUAGUGACAACACACCAAGGGGGAAAGAUCAUCUAUAUUUCCAAAGAAAUGAGCAAAACAAGGCAUUAAUUGAAAACCAGAUUCUUGACACACGCCAUAGUUUAGAAAAGCCUUGUGACUCUGAUCCAACUGACGACUUACUCUCAGUUAUUUUAGAGCGUGGAAACAAGCUGCGCAAUGCUAUGGUUGUGUCAGCGGUUAAAAAUGACAUCAAUUCAGAUCCAACCAUCCCUCUAUAUCGGGACAAUACCCAGUUGUACACCAAACCUCCCUCUCCCCCUCCUGGAACUUUACUUCAAAAUAUACUGCUUGAAAAUACAAACUUGGAGCCCCUUUCUGGUUCAACUGUUGUUUGUGAUCAUGGCUUAGACGCCUCUAUUGACAUAGACCAAAAGGCUGUGGAGCUCCUUCUUGGCAGUACAUCUCCUUUACCUCUUUGGGGAGACUUAUCAGCUUUGUCCGACCCAAGCAGUUUGUAUGGAGACAGUGAUCUAAAUGACCCUCAGUAUGAUCAGAGCUUGUUGGAAAAUCUCUUCUACAAAUCCCCUGCCAUUGAUGAGAAAACUGUUAUUACAGAGUUUGGGGAAGAAGCACAACAACAAAAGUCCUGCACAAUCCAGAAAACAAAUGGAGUGGAAGAUGCUGUUCCUCCCAGUUUCUCUGAGGAUGAGCUGCGCAGGUUGAGUUUAGUCCAACUUCUGAGAGUCUGUGUAGAUUCUCUGGCUGUUUCCUCUGAGAACUCGUCCACUGCAUCAAGACACAUCAGCAAAGGCAAACCUCCACGCCCCUUGGCUUCUAAGAAAUGUACCUAUUUUGUUGAGUAUGUUUUUCCACGAAUCUCUGUCGAUCUUCAAAAAAAUGCGGAUGAAGUUACUCGAGCUGUUUCCAGUAAGAUUACUGGAGAAGUUGUGAAGUUCAGUCAGCGCUCUUUGUUUCCUGUUCACUUCAGUGCCGCUGCUGUUAGACAUUGGUGGGAAAAGGAUCUUACAUUUAGAAUAUUAUUGAGAAAAAGUGACCAAAAGAAGCCUAUUUUAGUUGGAAAGGCAGUUCAUCCACUUCGCAAUUUGCUGCUAAGCAAGUCAUUGUCUCAGUGUCUUCUGCUGCCUGUGAGUGUGGAAGAAGAUGGAGAAAUUAAGGACAUGGGGCCGCUAAAGGUGACUCUUGAGCUUGUCACAGGGAAAAAAGAUUCAAAAAUUCCUAUAAAGCCAUUGGGUCCAUUUGUGGAUGAUUCCGAGAGCCCUCAAAGAACCAUAGAAGAACCUCCAUGUCAGAACAGUUGUCACUCUUUUCCAUCUUCAAACAGAGAUCGGUACGCGGAGGAGCCCCCUCGUGUUCUGUUGCACACUUUGCUCAUGGUGCCAGAUGGAAAAGACUUUCAGUGUUCUCCAUUGCAUUCUCCAAAUGUCUACCUGAUUUGUAAACUUUUCUGGUGUGAUGAGACUGUGCGAUCCCAUGUUGCUUGGGGACAGGCAAAUCCUACAUUUCAUUUUGUGCAGGUGACUCCAGUUGCUUUUACAGCUAAACUGCUGGAGCGCAUGAAGAACAAUGUAAUGGUGAUUGAAGUUUGGCAAAAGAUUGGAAAUCCAAAGGAGGAUCACCUUCUAGGCCUUGUGAAACUACCUCUUCACCAGUUCUAUAUGUCAUUCAGGGACGAGAAGAUUGCUUAUCUACUACUUCAAGCACAAUACCCAGUAUUAGGAGUGGACUGCUACAUGCCGGUUAUAGAUGUUUUCUCUGGCAUUUGUAAAGGAAAUCUGAGAGUUAUUUUAGCUAUGGGUCGAUCAGAACAGAUUUCUGCCCUUCAGUCAGCAAGAGGUGAAGAACAUCAUGCUCCUGCGGUGCGACCAGUCCACCUGUUGGAUCAUCAGCCACAAUUAAAGCGGCAUAAGGUGACCAGAGGCCCUAAUGAAAUAAUGAAAGAGCAUGUGUUUGUGAUGAAAGUGGAGAAAGUCAUUGGGUUGACUCCUUUGCAGUCCACAGUGUGGGGAGAAGCGGACUGCUACAUUCAGUACACUUUCCCUUUCCAGGAAGGCGAUCUCACUGAUCAUACAGACCUCAUAGAAAGCACCAUCAACUUGAAGCCCUUUCGCACCACCACAACCCUCUGUGUCCCUGACCCUAUAUUUGGCCACACUGAGAGACAUGUGCUUUUGGCCCCUGAAGGGGUCCCCAUCCAGAAGGUCCUGCUCAGCUCUCUGUCCUGCCAGGGCUUGAGUGAUGGGGGCGGUGUGCUGUUUGAAGUGUGGUGCCGAUAUUACUAUCCAAAUGUGCGAGAUCAGCUUGUAGCUAAAGGAACUCUUCCACUGUCCAAGCUGUGUGCCAUGGUGACCAUGCAGACGCUGCACAAUGAAGCACAAAUGUUCUCACUGCCACUGAUACCAUGGACUGACCAAGAUCACCGUCCUCAACCCUCGGGUUUGUUGGACGUCUGUGUUCAAUACAAACACCGUCCUGUGAGGCCAGAGGGACGGAUGGGAAGAGGAGCUGCAUCGCGGGUUGUGACACUUGUGAUACAAAUCCAUAGAGCGUCUGGACUGAAAGCUGCUUCCAGAGCCAUGGAACAGACAAAUGAGCGUUUCAGCUACUACACCUCUGUGGGUCUGAACAGCUACAUCACAGCUCAGCUCUCGUUCUUGCCUGAGCGUGAAACAAGGUGCACUCGUAUAGUGGCACGGAGCUUCAGUCCAGAGUUUGACCACUACAUGGAGAUGUCUUGUGACCUGUUUCUUCAAAGAAGCACUGGAGAGUCAUUUAGUCUCGCAGAGCAGCUGGAGCAGGCCUCUGCCAUUUUCACAGUGUGGAACAGAGAGAGUCGAAAAGGAGUUGAAGCGUCCCAACCAAAAGAUGUGCAGUUAGGCACAGUCAAAGUCCCACUUGCUGAUCUCAUCUAUAAAAGAACUGGCAUUUCAGGCUGGUUUGGAGUGCAUGUGUUAAAGCAGACUUCUUCUGGGGAGCAGCAGGUUUCGGUCGGAGGUGCUGAAAUUUCCAUUAGCUUCGCUCAUCACUCAGACAGAGAAAGGGUCCUCAAAGCUGCGCAGGGCCUGGGCUGGGAAAUUGCCCAUCACCUCAGUGUCGGAGAGGAGGAGGAUGAGUUCUGGGAGGAUAACCGUAGUCAAAUCUCACUGACGUUUUCUGUGCCUCGUGCCUGGAUACCUGUGCACUGUCUGCUCCUACCGGGCCUGGCGGAAAUGCAGCGCUCAACCUACUGCUACUUCAGAUACAAGUUUUAUGACCGUGAAGCCUUUUGUUCUCACAUGAAGCAUCCAGAUGUUGAGGACAGCAUGGCCACAGUCGGUUUUGAAGGAAGUCACACAGUCGAGCUCAAAAAGACUCAACCCUUACUUUGGUAUCUGCGCGAAGAAAUGUUGGAGAUUCAAAUGUGGGUGGCAUUUAAUAAAGACAACACUCAAAGGCCCUGUGAUACGGACCGACUGGUUGGCUCGGCUUUUCUGGAUCUGUCUGCACUUGCUAAAAUGUCCCAACAAAAACGCACACUUAGUGGAGUUUAUCCAAUGUUCAGACGAUCUGCAGCUGAUCUACAAGGAUCCGCUCUCAGGGUCCACGUUACACUGACAUCAGCUUCUAAAAGCACAGACAUCACAGCUGGGCAGAGCACAGAGAUGGACAAUAAUGACUCUUUUCCCGCGAUUGUUACAGUGGAUAAAGCCAUGCACCUAAAUCUGAAAGGUUGUCCUCUCUCAAAUCACGGUGACGGAAGCCCGUGCUGCUGCGUGUCUUAUGUCACGGCAGACUCCGCUGAACACGUCUCUACAGCUGUCGUUUCCAGCAGCGACAGCCCAGUGUGGGACCACCAGCAUGAGUGCAGACUGUCAAAGGAGUUACUUGUAGACCCCCAGCAAUCUCUUGUCUUCAAAGUGUGGCACAAAGGAGAGAUGGACAGAGUGAUGGGCUUUGCUGCUGUGGACCUGACGCCUCUGCUCUGCGGUCUGCCCUCUGUUUGCGGCUGGUACAACAUUACAGACUUCAGCGGUCAAUGUCACGGUCAGCUCAAAGUCUCUGUCACACCACGCAAACCAAUCCACGGCCUCGGAAUAGAAAGAAAGACUCAGCGUGAAGAAACGGCUACAAACUCAUCUGCUUUAAUUCAAGCAAUCAGCUAUCAGACAACAGCCACAUACAGCAGUUUCCCUUCACACAUCAGCCGCUAUCCGGAGCAGAAAAUCUCCUCUCCGAACCACACAGAAAAACUGUUCUCUGAAAGAUUGAGUGUGAGCGACAGACACGUUGAACACAUGGAAAAAGUGCGGCUGUAUCACCAGAGCCUCCAGGAGCAGGUCGCCGCUCCCUUUGCCAGUGAUGUGGGAGACGGGAAUCCCUCCAGCUCCUUUCUGUUUUCAACUCUAAGGAAAAAACUGGGCGAGCUCGACAAUAUUCAAAGGUAUUUUAGUUGUAAGCUUUCUACUCCGACUUUCCCAACAAGUGAUGAAGAUGUGAACCAUAAACCAGAGGCACCAGAAGCCUCAGAGACGGACACUCAGCAGCUGCUCCUCAGGUCCAGUACUUUAGUCGGACAAGUCAACUCUAUCAUUAGUGGACUCCAAGGACAGCAUUUGGAGACCAUACCCUUCGAUCCUCAGAGCAACAGAGAUUCUCCCGUCGAAGACCCUCCUCCUCAGAAUCACCACGUGACGAGGAGGAGCAAAGACCUGAAGAGGAACUGGAAACAGGACGAGGGCAGUGGAAGUGAUGGCAUUUCAGAAAUUUCAGAGUUGGACGUCGAUGAAGAAAGUCCCAGGACGUGUGAAAACCAAGCAUUGACGAUAAAGGACAGCAGCGAGCCGGACGAUGAGCCGGACGAUGAGCCAGACGAUGAGCCAGACGAUGAGCCAGACGGGGCUAAGUCGACUGAAAUCAGCCAUCCCACCCAGACAGAGCAGAGCAAGGACACACAACCAGAACCACUUGAUAUUCCAGAGAUGCCAAACUUCUUUCUCCCUCCUCACCAGAUGGAGGCUUCUAUGAAAGCCAUACGUUUGGCUCCAUCAUUUGCACAAUCUCCUGUCGAUUUUAGAUCAAUUGUUGCACCUGCAAAAGGCCCCAGGACACGCCCCAAUUUAUCUCCUUCAUCUUUGAGGAGAGAGACGGACAGAAUAUCCAGAAUAUUUGCAGCUCAUUUUGACAAGGCCCAUAAUGACUGA